UAUUUAUACGUCACAUAUCUCCGGACCAGUCAAUGCUCCGGACACACAUUACAAGAUCGCAUCCGUGAACGGAAAGGCAACAUACUUGUCGUCACACACCGGAAAAAAUAAUGGAAAGCACAUCAAACAGUCACUCCGGUGUAGUUCGUAAAAGUGCGGAAGACUGCGCCAUUUGCUUGGACAAAAUCCAAGAGAAGAAAACGCUAAAGUGCCGCCACUCUUUUUGCUCUGAGUGUAUAGACUCGGUUUUCAAGUUGAAGCCCGCUUGUCCGAUAUGUAACACCUACCACGGAGAGUACACAGGCACCCAGCCGCCGGGCACGAUGGCGGUGACGCGCAGCUGGCAGCGCCUCCCCGGCUUUGAGCGCUGCGGAUCUAUCGUCAUACAGUACAGUUUCCCUUCAGGGAUACAAGGGCCUGAGCACCCAAACCCUGGGGUGAGAUACAGCGGCACCACUCGUACUGCCUUCCUGCCAGACUGCAAGGAGGGUGAGAAAGUCCUGAAGCUGCUGAGGAAAGCCUUCGACAGGAGGCUCAUUUUCACCGUCGGACGAUCUGUUACCACAGGUCUCAACAACGUCAUCACCUGGAACGACAUUCACCACAAGACCAACAUAGAAGGUGGUCCACAAUGUUUUGGAUAUCCAGAUCCAGAAUAUUUGUUUAGGGUUCAAGAGGAGCUCUGUCUGAAAGGAGUGACCGAGGAUCCCUGAUGGAAGAAGACAAUCAGAAGAGAUCCUUUAAACAGAUUUAAUACUGUGUAUUGUUACAAAAGUUUCUGAUUUUAAUCUGCACUUUUUGCAGUCUUCAAGCAGGGAGCUUAAUCAUUGACACUUUAAGAAGAUUUUUUUCUUUGAAAUGGAUACACAGAGUUAAAUAUUAUGUUGAGACAUGAAGGUUAGUGGCUUUUCCCAAAGAUUGUUCAACUGACUAUGCAAAAAUAUUUUAAACACAGUAAUCACAAAAAAACUAAUAUUACACUAUAGUAGAUUAGUAAAAAAGGGGCUAUACCACUGAUCAUCAGAUUGAAAUAAUGCAAAUAUCUCAUCUUUUGUAACUCUGAAUCACAGAUCUGGUGCCUAAAACUAGACAUAGGAGAUAGAGCAGGAGGUAAAAGCAGUCUUUACUUAAUCAGGCAAAGUAAUCCUGAGGGCUAAAGAGACCAGAAGUGUACUGGCUGGAAAAGCCCCAAAAACAUCUAACCAAGAGCAACUGCUAGCUGUGUUUUAUAUAGGCAGAUAUAUAUAAUAAUAAUGUAUUGAUCCCACAACCUUUCACAACUCUGAAAUCUUUAAAUGCUGGCUUUAGCUGUAGCACUUUUAUGAAUGUAACUGGAAUGGGUCCACCAACAUACUUUUACAUGUUGUAUAUUACGUAGGAAUAAGCCUGUUUUACAGUAGCUGAUGUUGGGUGACUGCUUUGACAUUGUUCAGUAUAAUAAAUUCAGGUUCUGUCUAUACGUUCAACUAGUGAGGUAUUCAACUGUAUGUGGCAUUACCAUAGUUAAUGUAUUAUGUUUAAAGGUUGAGUCUGGUGAUAUUCUCUUCAUGUCCACAAAUCCCAUGAAAAGAUCAAAAACAACAGUGAAUACUAGCAAGUAUUGCCGCUGUUGUCAAAGCCUUAAUAAGAUGUAGCUUAUUCCUCUGUGCCACAGACCAACAUUGUUGUUGAAAAACUAAUAAGAACAUCAAUGGGUGAUUGUUCUGUCAUUACAGUGAACAUGGACACUAGUUCAUUUCAAGUUGACCCCAUAUACAAAGUCCUGCUGCUGUUAACAUUCACUAAUGCACCAAAUAAAUACCCAAACAAAUGCACUGUUUACUCCUGUUGGAAAACGUUUGUUAUUUUAGAUAUUGUUGAAUGAGUAGGCUCAGGAAUGACAGAUGAACUCACGCAUUGUUGGUUUUGGUCCACUCAUGGGAUAUUUUGAGAAUAACCAGUCUCAUCCUAUAGCACAGUUAAGACUAUUUUAAUUCAUUUUGUGCCUUUACAUGACAUCAGUCAUUGUACCGUAUUAAAGAUAGUGUCGAACAAAAGAAUCGUUGUAUCUAUCAAACUGUUUGAGCCCAAAAACAUUUUUAAUAUGUUUUCCAGUCUUUUACCCGUCUGGUCCACUAGAGGGUGAUGCUCUCCUCAAAGAAGAGUGUGUGAUGGCGUCUGCUUGGUAUGCAGCUGUAUCAUCAUCACAAACCCACAGUCCCACAGCACCUCCCAAACCUCAUUGCCCAAAGUCAGUUAGAGGAGCGGAGCAUCUGCUAUAGAUGAUGAGUCAUGUGUUUCUAUGGUGCUAGGGGCAGUUUUAGCAGCAGCAACUCACAUUGUAUGUACAGCAGAGAGAACAAUUAUCACCUUGUGUUUUACCACAAUGAACUGAUCAUCUCUGGAUUCCUGAUGGCAGUGCAAGUACUGUUGAAGCUGCAGUUGUGGUAGUUACAUGCACAGACAGAUGCAGGUACAAUUUAAAGGUUGUCAAAGACAAAAGAGCUCAAGGCUCAUCUGUUGUUGAAAUGUUAAAUGUUAGUUAAUGUGUAACAAUUGUU